CAUUGACUUUGGGCUUCUCAUCCGACAGCCUUCAUUUUUAAUACAACGCCUCUUCCUCCAAGAAGUUCAUCAUCACAGACUACAGUGUCCAGAAUUCACGAUUAUGAUGGAACACGGUGAGGUUAUUCGACCGUUUCUAUUUUCAGUUCGCCUGCUCCUAUGGAUCUCCGCAGUGAUCACGUUGGGCCUUACUGCCUGGGUGGUUGAUCACGUGAAGGGCUAUCGGGCCAUCUUCACCCUAGUCAUUGCGGUUCUCACCACGGCGUUUUAUAUACCAUCCCUCUUCACCGCGUGCAUGCGCCGCAACCGUGGUUAUAUGAUUCCAUUAGAUAUAGUCUUCUAUGCACUAUGGCUAUCGGCAUUCAUUUUUGUUGCUCAAACCGAUAACCUUGGUGAUGGUGCUGGGUGUUCUUACUUCCUUUGGGAUCUCAGUACCAGUUGCAGGCGGAGGAAUGCCAUUGAAGCAUGGACUUUCCUAUCUUUCUUCUGGACGUUCUGUGGCCUAUGUUUGGAAACCCUCAAUGUUUUUCUCGACAGUCGGCAUUCUACGGUCGCCACUGCUAAUCAUCCCGAGAAAUUGAGUUCAUCGGGUCGUGGUGUCAAUAAUGGAACUACAGCCCCUGGCGCCGAACCUGCGCCAGCAUUGAAUGGUGAACACACUCAAGUUUGAUACCAGCUAUCCAGGUCAACCUUCACGCGGGGCCUUCGAGCUGUAUGGCCAAAGAGUAGGAUUUAUUUCCGCGUGGAGAAGUCGUUCUGGCUUUGGGGUUACUUUCUCUAAUCAUUUGAGGUUAUAUGGGGGGGGAACAGUGGUAUCCUUUCUUGCUGAUUACCUUGUAUUUGCGACCCUACACAAGAUUGUCUUCCAAGUCUAUGGGAUUAUUAUUCAAGCUUAAUACAAAUGUGAUUCCUCAAAUUUCAAAUGAUC